UCUCUUCACAAAUGUGAUGCUCUGCUGAAAAAGUAACUUCACUUUUCUUUCGCUCUCUGGUUUCCCAUUUCCGCUUCCCCUCCUUUACUCCCUUUUCUCUCUCGGAAGAGAGCGAUGGUUCUUGGAGCUAAUGGCCUGGUUUGGAUGGAUGGAGAGGAGGAAGAAGAUGCAGUUUCUUCUUGGACUCCAAACAACAAUAACAACAACAACAGCAGCAGCAGCAAUACUCAAAUUGUGACUAAACAGGACUUCAACAUGUCGGGUGCUUCUCUUUCUCCCUUCAAAUCCAUGCUUGAUGCUGAUUGGUACAUGAACCCAGGUAUGAGCAAUGAUCCUCAAAUGAAAGAGUUUGGUUUCUGCUCGAACCAGGUUGAUAAUAACAACCUCCUCCUUCAACACCAUCACCACCCACUUGAUUCCUCUGCUUCUUGUUCUCCUUCACAGCCCUUCACUACCCUUGAACCUCAGCCUUUCUUGCCUCCUAAAUCUUGCCUCUCUUCUCUCCUCUCCAACAACUCUUUUGAUAAUGCCUUUGAUUUUAUCUCCGAAACUGCUUUUCUCGCUCAGUUUCAGCCGAAUCAGACCCCGAGUUUGAUGGGUUUUCCUACCGAGUUCAGUUCGAACUCCGACUUUCAUGGUACAAAGCUGUUCACGGCGACAACAGAAAAUGGUUAUGCUUUGAGUGGCGGCGGUUUUGAGGGCUUCGAUGUAUCGGGGAAUGCUGUCUUUAUGAACAGAGCAAAGAUUUUGAAAACCCUUGAAGUUUUCCCUCCGGUUGGUUCUCAACCAACUUUGUUUCAGAAGCGAGCCGUGAUGCGUCAGGGCUCCGGUGUGGCUGAUAAGUUGGAUGUUUUGGGGGAACCAUCGGACAGAAAGAGGAAGAUGCACGAGCUUGGGGAGAUCGAGGAAGCCAGCAUCGAUGUGUCGGGUUUCAAUUAUGAUUCCGAUGAGAGGAAUGAUGAUAGCAAACUGAACGAGCGUGGCAAGAAUGGUGGGUCCAAUUCAAAUGCGACUAGUACGCUCACUGUUGGUGGGGAUCAGAAGGGUAAGAAGAAAGGGAUGCCUGCCAAAAAUUUGAUGGCGGAAAGGCGGAGGAGGAAGAAGCUCAAUGAUAGACUUUACAUGCUAAGGUCUGUUGUGCCAAAGAUUAGCAAGAUGGAUAGGGCUUCGAUACUCGGGGAUGCCAUUGAUUACUUAAGGGAGCUUCUGCAAAGGAUCAAUGAUCUUCACACUGAACUUGAAUCCAUCCCACCUGGCUCUAUCGUGCCACCAUCUACGAGUUUCCACCCAUUGACACCCACUCUACCUACUCUUCCGGGUCGUGUCAAGGAAGAACUUGGUCCCAGCUCAUUCCCGAGUCCUAAAAGCCAACUCGCAAAGGUGGAGGUGAGGUUAAGGGAAGGAAGGGCCGUCAACAUUCACAUGUUCUGUGCUCGCAGGCCAGGUCUCUUGCUGUCCGCUAUGAGAGCUCUAGACAACCUUGGAUUGGACAUACAGCAAGCUGUAAUCAGCUGUUUUAAUGGGUUUGCACUGGAUGUUUUCCAAGCUGAGCAAUGCAGGGAAGGGCAGGAUAUAUUGCCUGAGCAAAUCAAAGCAGUGCUUUUGGAUUCAGCAGGGUUCGAUGGUGUAAUGUGAGGGAUGAAUGGCUGGCGUAUUCUGAUGGUAUGAGCAGCAGAGUGGCAGUAGUAAAUGCUAGUGUAAAUUCAAUUAGCUGCUUCUCAUCAUAGUGGUAGUGAGCUUUGUAGUUGGCGCAAGCAAUUGAAUAUGUUAGCAGAUAUGCUUAAUUUUCUUAGCUACCAUCUUACUUUAGAAGAAAAAAAAAAGCAGAUUCUGAUGGAUUUUAUUAAUUUAUUACU